AAAAAGAUGCAAGGUGGAGAAGAAGUAAGCAUAGAAGAGCUCGCUUCCAAUCUCUCCACUUACAAACAACAGCUUCAUCAGGUUAGAGAGCUUUUAGUUGAUGAUCCUUAUAAUUCUGAGUAUGCGGACAUGGAGAAGGAGCUUAAGGAGGUGAUCCUUUCUUAUGAUUAUUUGUAUUAGGUUGCAUUUUUCAUUUAUUCUUAAAUUAAAUAUUUUUCUCCUUGUAUUUGAGUUUAUCUGGGCAUUUACUGUGAAUAAUUAUUUAUUUUUUGGAAACAGUCGACAUCCUCUCUAGUGGUCACAAAGUAGAGUAUAGGUGUUUCCUUAUGGGUGUUGGGUAGAUUUAUCAAUUGAGCCUCUAGGUGUUUUUGAUGCAAUUGCCUUUCUUCUUUUUAUCUCUGCCUACUCUCUCUUGAAGGAUUCAACAUGUUGCUCAAACAAGCAACAUUGUUUAGCUGCUAAUGGCUCCCGUGGGGAUUUGUUUUCAUUUCAGGGUUGAUAAGGUGAGGGUGGUUUUCAUACUAACUUGAGUUCAUAUGUUGCAGAAAUAUGGGCUGUAUGGAGAUAUUAUUUAAAAGAAAUAAAAAUAUUGGAGCUAUUUGUAAAACUUAGAAGUUCAUCAAGAUGCCCAUCACUUCUAUCUUGGUUCAUUUGCAGGUGUGCUAUGUGUCGUGAUGGCCAGCCCGCCUCUCUGCCUGACCUGAUUUGAGAUGUUCACACUGAGAUUCUAAGUUCGAAGUUUUAUGAAGAUUGGCAUUUAUAAUUGUGAAGAUUAUUGUUUAUUUUUUUGCUGGCUAACAAUGUCAAAUUGCAGGUCAUUGCUCUAACUGAGGAGCUCCUUGCAACUGCAAAGCAGAAUGAGAUUCCUGGAUCAGAUAUUGGGACAGGAACUAGUGAAUCCCCUAUUUUGCCCCAACCUAAGGUAUCGACAAGCAUCUCUGAUGAACAUGAGAAGUUCCCUAUUGGUGCAAAAGUUCAAGCUGUAUAUAGUGAAGAUGGGGAGUGUUAAAUGUGUAGGUAUGAUGCAACGAUUGAGGGGCAUACUCCAAAUGGAUAUUUUGUUUCCUAUGAUGAGUGGGGGAAUAAGGAAGAGUGGAUGGUAUUUUCCUGACAGUUGGUUAUCCCAGGUGGAUCCUGCCAAUGUAAGACUGAUAGAGUUCAAUGCUUUACUGGAAGCUGAAAAAGUUGCUGAAGCUACAAAACAAGCUAUCAAAAGGAAGAUUGCACAAGCUGCUUCCGUUGACUUUCAGUCCCGAAGUUUGCCAGCAAAGCUUCGUAUAAAUCCAGAUGACACAGAGGAAGUGAAAGCUGCCAAGCGAAAGAAGAUACAUUCUUUUAAAUCGAAAAUGCGUUUUGAGCAACUGGAGGUUGUACAGAAUAAGCGGCAAAAUGCAUGGCAGCAGUUCCAGACUACUAAAGGCAGCUCUAAAAAGAUUGGUUUCUUCUCAGGGCGCAAGCGAGAGAGUAUUUUCAAGUCUCCUGACGACCCCAAUGGUAAGGUUGGUGUGACUGGAAGUGGGAAAGGAUUGACGGAGUUCCAGAGGAGGGAGAAGCACUUGCAUCUCAAAGGUGGAGUUGCUGAAACUGAUGAUUAGACUUUUGAGUUUCAAUUUUUUUUUCUUUUGUUCUCUUAAGUGAAACUUCAUUAGUUGUGCUUUUUGUCAUUUGAUUCAGUAGUAUGGGCGGUGGUUUAAGUGCUGUAAUCACAUAGGCGUAUGUAUUGACAUUUAGUGCAUGGCAUGUCUUUGUUACCCAUUGGCAAAUGUUUGGGAUCAUAACUACGUUCUGUUAUGCCUAAAUUAGUUUUAUUUCUACA